AUUCUCGAGCUUUCUAUAAUCGAUUAUGGCUAAGAAAUAAUCGAUUAUCUUCUAUAUGUGCGAUAGGAUACGACAAAGAUGGCGUCAGGUGUUAUUUCCACAUCCUGAAAGAACAGUUUUUUGCCAUCUUCACGAUUAUUAUCCUACGGAGAAAGGCAUUCCAGCAAUGUUGCGUCGAAAAAACUUGUUUAACCGAAGUUAAUCAUAAAAAUUACACUAAUCUGACUGAUCACCCACCCAGAACCCCCGUGUAAUUAAAUAAAAUCAGUGGCAAUAAUGACGACUGCAUUGUAUUUGGAGCAUUAUUUGGACAGUCUUGAGCACUUGCCCAUUGAACUCCAAAGAAACUUCACUCUGAUGAGAGAUCUGGACGCCAGAGCUCAAAGUUUGAUGAAGGAUAUCGAUAAAUUAGCGGACGAUUACCUGAAAAACCUGAAGAAGGAAUCCCCCGAGAAGAAGAAAGAGCAACUGAUGCACAUUCAGAGUCUGUUCAACAAAGCCAAGGAGUACGGUGACGACAAAGUGCAAUUGGCAAUUCAAACAUACGAAUUGGUUGACAAGCACAUCAGGAGGUUGGACUCCGAUCUGGCGAGAUUCGAGGCUGAGAUACAGGACAAGGCACUGAGCAGCAAUCGAGUGCAGGAGGAGGGUGGUGCCAGCAAGAAGGGAAGAAAGAAACUUAAGGAGAAGGAGAAGAGGAAAAAGGGAACAGCUGGGGCGAGCAGUGAGGAUGAGUCAAAAACUGCGAGGAAGAAGCAGAAAAAGGGAGGCUCUCUGGUGGCAUCAGCUACCAUUGGAGCUGUUGGUAGUGGAGCACAGACAGAUAACACAUCACUGGGUCAUCCUGCUGAUGUCCUUGACAUGCCUGUUGAUCCUAAUGAACCCACUUAUUGUCUGUGUCACCAGGUGUCCUAUGGCGAGAUGAUUGGAUGCGAUAAUCCAGACUGUCCGAUCGAGUGGUUCCACUUCUCCUGUGUGGGCCUGACAACAAAGCCCAAGGGUAAAUGGUACUGUCCCAAAUGCACGCAAGAUCGAAAGAAAAAAUGAAUCUCCAAUGGCAAGCAGAGCAGAAAAAAUAGAAAAUCUCUCGCAAGUCUAAUAAUUGCUCAGCAAUCGUCAGGAGAUAAUCGUGGUGAUUGUAUUACCCGAUAUAUCGAGAUCAAUUCGCAGGUUUCAUCGGUAAAAAUGAACCACGAAUUAAAUCUCAAAUUAGGUAAUUAAAGACGACUGCGUUUGCAUUGCAUCUGAAAUGAAACUCUUGUGCAAUUCAGUGUGAUAAAAACAUAAUACGCAGUACGGUAGAUGUAGAGAGCUAUUUAUUUCCUAAUCACAAUGUUCAUUCCUGAUGUAAUGCAAAAACAGUCAUUUCAUCGGUUUAUCACAGACAUUGAAAAAUUUGAGAACUGGCCGCACUUUUUUUUUAUUGUUCAAUUCACUAUUUUUCUUUAACUCUUGCACAUAAGUAUUUAUUCAUUCUUAGCACUAACGUCGGAAUUACGUUAUGUUUUAUACAAUCACUGGCCAGUUCUUGAUAAUCUGUGAUUAACGAUAAUUAGGUUAUAAAAUUAAUUAAUUAAUAAGGAAUACAAUCAGGCAAGUAUUAAAUUCACUCGAAAUCAUGAGGAUAUAUAUAGAUUCAGAUCUAUAUAUUAGUUAGUGUAUGAAUUAUUUGCUGUUUUUUAAAUAUUUUAUGAACGUGAAUUGUUGUGAUCAGCAAUUAUUUCGUGAAUUGCUGAUCAGCAAUUGUUUCCAAUAAUCUGAGCCAAAAAGUGUAUCAUAAGAGGACAAUUCAUGAUGAGCUCACUGUGUUUUUUUUAAAUUUCACCAUGAAUAACGUCAUUCAUUGGUUGUAGAAUAAUUAUUGAUGAAUAAACUUCCACUACUUUACGUA